AUGGUCAGCUCUCAAUGGCGGCCCAUGACCGAGGCCGACAUUCCCGGUGUGAUGCGCGUCGCUGACGAGAUCCAUCGUGACCUGCCGGAAGACGAAUGCGUCUUUCGCGAGCGCCUACACCUAUUUCCGCAGGGUUGCAUGGUCCUUGCUUCUUCCGAGCCAGGCCGGGCAGAGGCGGAACAAAUAAUAGGCGGCUACGUGAUAUCCUUUCCGAUCCGCCGGGGCAAACCGCCGGCGCUAAACGAGAUGCUGGGCGGUGGCUGGAUUACGGACGACGCGGAUCAGUAUUAUCUACAUGACCUUGCGAUUCAACCCAGUUUUCGGGGUCGCGGAGCUGCGACAGAGGUGCUAGGGAGGGUAUUGGAAGUGGCUAGGCAGUGGACGUCGGUGUGUUUGAUAUCGGUAUAUGGCACUGUGCCGUUCUGGCAGAGGUUUGGGUUUGUGCCGGUUGAGCGGGAAGACGGAGCCAUGCAAGAGAAACUGAACGGGUAUGGCCCUGGAGCGACGUUUAUGGUACUGAACGGGACGAAAGAGGGUGAGCACUCCUGA